AUCGGUGUCGAGUUGGCGAAGGGGUGCACUGCUUUUACGUUUUGAACGUUGGUUAACGACCAUAAUACAUCACUGUUGCCGGCCAUUACCACUUACGAUUCAUCAAAGAGGUUCAAGUGUACGCAGUGAGCAUUAGUCACAUCUACAGCUUGAGAAUCCAUUACUGUUUCCGACAAUCUUCCACUUCCCAUUCAUCAGAGAGGUUCAAGUGUACGCAGUGAGCAUUAGUCACAUCUACAGCAUCAGUCACAUCUACAGCUUGAGAAUCCAUUACUGUUGCCGGCAAUCUUCCACAUCUGAUUCAUCAAAGAGGUUCAAGUGUACGCAGUGAGCAUAAGUCACAUCUACAGCUUGAGAAUCCAUUACUGUUGCCGGCAAUCUUCCACUUCUGAUUCACCAAAGAGGUUCAAGUGUACGCAGUGAGCAUUAGUCACAUCUACAGCUUGAGGUAGGACUUUACUUGCACUAGGGUAACAGGAGCCCAUUCUCAUCAAGAUGGCUGAAGCUGCUUUACACACUGAGACCACUUGCAAGAUUAGACAUGUACACAUCGAAUGCCCAAUCUGCCUGAGUCGGUUCACCGAUCCGAAAAUCCUGGACUGUCUUCACAGCUUCUGCUUAAAAUGUCUUCAGGAACUUAUAGACAAACAGGAUCCGAAGACGGAUCUUAUUAUUUGCCCAAUGUGUAAAAAGCAAACAUCAAUCCCAGAUGAAGGACUGUCGGAUCUUCUUAGCUGCUUUUUCUUGAGCUCGCUUAUUGAUGACGUCAUUAAUCUUGAAGGUUCGAAAGAGGACAUUAACUCUCCUGUCUCGACUUGCGAAGGAUGCGACGAAGGUCUUGAAGCCGUCUCACGGUGUGUUGAUUGUGAUGCAAAUUUUUGCAAAACAUGUCUGGAUAACCACGCGAAGCUAAAAGUCAUCAGGCAUCAUCAAAUAGUUGAUGCGGUCAGCGCGUCAACUGAGCGACCCAAAGACAAGGACAAAACUGAAGCACAAAAGUGCCGGAAACACACUGACCAGGAUCUGCGUUUCUAUUGCGACACGUGUGAAUUACUUGCAUGCCCUGUUUGUGCGGUGUUCGAUCACCGAGCGUCAAACCACAAUCUCUGUGAAAUCAAUGAUUCCAUUCGAUCUUAUCGUCGAGCUGUUGAUGAAACCUUGCAGAAGUUUGAUGAGUGUCGCAAACAAUUCCAAAAAGUUGAUAACUCUAUCAAAUACUCACAGCAAAGAUUACAGCUUAUGGUCGACCAGGCUCUUCGAGAUAUUGUGGCUAAGGAGGAAGAGGAAAUCACUAAGAUAAGAAACUCAUCUCGCCUCCUUCAAGAAACAGUCACCCAAAUCGGUCAAGAAAGAGGUGAGGAAUUUGAGAGCAUACAGAGCAGCAAUCACGAUAAGAUGAGCCGUGCAGAGCAGAUCGUAGCUUCAGUCAAUGACUUGAUGCAACAUGCUGAUAACUUUGAGCUGCUGGACCUCAAGCCAAAAGUUAUGCACAACUUAGACUUCCACAAAGAGCUUCAGUUUCAAACAGUGCAGCAUAGCAAGUCAUUCAUCCGGUUCAAAGGUCAUGAUAUUAUCAAUGAUGCAGAUCUCGGUGAAAUACUAGAGGAGGAGAAGUGGGAGGUGAAGACAGAGUUUGGUAAAUGUGGGGGAGGUGAGGGGGAGUUCAAGUUUGCAAGGGACGUUGCUUGUUUUAGCAAUGGUGACAUUGUCGUUACUGAUACAGCGAGGCGGCUAUUAUCCACAUUUACAUCAAAGGGUAGUUACAAAUCUGCAGGUGGUCAAAGUGGAACAGAGGACGGUAAACUAAUACAACCUUAUGGUGUUGCCGUGACCUCUGAUGACCUGCUUCUGGUUACUGACGGACAGGAUGUAAAGGUUUAUGAUAGAGAACUGAGAUACAUUCGUCAGUUCCGACCCUCACAGAAUCAAGUUGAGGGGCAGUCAAAGAGUCUACUUCGUGGUAUUUCUGUGGACAAUAAAGAUCGGAUUGCAGUGGCUGACUGUAAGAGAAAGGUCAUAUCUCUGCAUAAUAUGGAUGGAUCCAUCAUUUCCACAAUACAUCAUGAUGAUAUAAGUAGCGACUGCUAUCUAUCUAUAAGCAGCAAGGAGCGUCUGAUCUUCACAAACUACCAGAAGAUGAAACUAGUUUGUGUGGAUUUCAUGGGAAACGAGGUGUUCAAUAUCAGCACCUCCAUUGACGGUAAGCCUGCCUAUCCUAAUGGUGUGUGCUGCGACGAUGCUGGAGACAUCUAUGUGUCUGUUUGGUGUGAUGGCCUGGGAAUCAAUGAGAUACAUCAUUACGAUACAUCAGGUGAGCGCAUCGGCUGUGUAGCUCGUGGCAUGAACCAUCCUCUAGGCAUGACGUUUACUCCUACCGGUGACCUCAUCGUGGCUGAUGUACACUCGGUCAAGGUCUUGGGUCGUUUGUGAGUGUCGAUGACGUCAUGGUCGAAAACGAUGUAAUAUCGUGGAUGACAAUUGGAAAUUAACAACAUCCAAUAAUAAAUAAUGACUAACCAAAACCAAGGCAUUCUCAUCAAGACUAGAAUAAUCUGUCAUUCCAACAAAUCCACAGUCAACUAUUAUUGUAAACGACCAAUAACUUAAUAAAACAAUUGUUUGACUUUCGCUUUACAUUGAGUCACUUAUGAUUUAAAUUCCGCUGGGCUGGUUUACCAAACUAAAAGGUGGUAUGAUGUAAAAUCAUAACAAUAGACCGAUUGCACUACAGACGACACGGGUCAUUCCAUGUCAAAUCAACCAAAUUUUAGAAAAGGUCCUAACUGACCCUCUUAGAUUUUUUUUAAAACUUUGUCAAACUGUUCCACUAAAAUGAAUACACAACACAAAAUUUGUUUCAUACUCCAUAUCGGUUUCGAGAUAUUGCCUCACGAAUUUUGCCCCAACCUCCUGUUUUUAAAGCUCCGCCCAAGCUAGCGCCGCGUCGCGAAAACACGUCGUUGUGCUUUUUCAAACUUUAAGAGCCCAUAACUUCAAAACGGUAACAGCUAUACGGCUAUAAGUUGUUUAAAUUUGUGUACCAACUUACUUUUGGCCCUAGAUUCAUAAUCUGGCGUUAAAUAGUACAUAUCUCAUCUAAUGUUAAAGUUACACGUCGGAUAUAAUUUUUAUUACAACCACGCCAUGUUUUAAAAUAAAAGAACAAUUUUACUCGAUAAGUGAAUAUUUAACAACUGAUUUACCUGUUGAUAUCAUUUUUCGAAAUUUCGAUAUUUUGCAAAACGUGUAGUUUUACUUCAAUUCCGUCGGAUGCAGAGGCAAUGCUAGGGCGUCACCUACAGACAUGACAGUAAUUAAUGUUGAGUAUAAUAAUAUAAUGCUACCUAUCAUCAGCUAUUUGUAAUAAACAGAAAACUUGCUUACUAUUGUAAUAUCAAGAGCUUGUAAGUUGCUUUUUCUUUGCGCUUUUUUGUUUUGACUUACUAUUCAAUGUAAAUCACUCAAUCGGUGAUUAAUUUUAAGAGAAUUUCAUUAAAAAACUUGGUUUUGACUUUAAAGUUAUAAUACUGAAAUUAAUAGCUGUUUACUCUGUGUUUGGAAGUUGAUAGAGUAUGGUAUUUUCUCUUUUACUGUAAAGUCAAAUUAUUAAGCAUAAUGUAGUUAUUUGUAAAUUGGAAACAUUUGUAAGAAUCAACGGCAACUGUUUAAUUCCCUAAAGCUUUAUUCAAAUUUUUGGUUUUAGUUUUUAAGAAUAAACUAUCAAAAUAAGUCUUUUCGGGACAAGUUUAUUCUUCAAUUCUAAAAUCUUUCUCGUGGUUUCCAAAAAUAAUGAUCAACAUAUUUGUUUUCCAACACAUAGUGCGCUGAACCAUGUAUGAGUUCGUUGCAUAUAUCUUGACUAUUAGGACAAAAGUAAUAGAAUAAUGGACUUUACUAUAUUAUAAGUAAAAUACAAAGGUUCAAUUCAAUGAAGUAUCAACAAUAUUAAAACAAUUUCCUGGGGAAACCAAAAACACAAA